AUGCCAGUAGAGAAAUCUAGUGAAGAAAUCACAAAAAUGCUUAACGGUGAGCCAUAUUUGCCACUAACUGACCCGGUGAUGCUCCAGCUGAAAACACGCACAAAGAAUUUACUGUACGAGUUAAAUCAUUACCGACCUGCGAAAUACACUCCUGGAAUGACGCCAGAGGAUAUGUUCGGCGGUAUAGAUGGAAAGAAGUAUGACAUAUUGGCACAAUUGUUUGAUAUACCCCUCGAGAAGGCAAAAAAACUUGCAAUCGAACCACCAUUCUACUGCGACCAUGGCGUAUUCAUCGAAUUCAAAGGUAGCUUCUACUGUAAUAACAAUACUACCAUUCUUGAUUCUGCGAAGGUCAUAAUAGGUGAUAGAGUGCUAUUUGGUCCAAAUGUCUCCAUUUACGCCGCGACACACUCUGUUCAUGUCGAGGAACGCCUGGAAGAGCUUGAGAGAGGCUAUCCAGUCGAAAUUGGAGAUGAUGUUUGGAUAGGUGGAUCGGUGAAUAUAGUUUGCAACGCGAGAACUCCUACGAAAAUCGGUAAUGGAUGUACUGUCGCCGCAGGAACCACUGUUUGGGGCACAUUCCCGGACAAUGUUGUUAUUGCAGGAAAUCCUCCUAAGAUCAUCAAACAUAUUAAAUAAACUGCAUACCUUUACAGCUAACAUACAUUAACACUUAUAAAGUGUAAUAUAAAUGCUUGUAUAUUAACAAUAAAACAAACACAAAUGAUUAUACUACUUAUUGCCAUUGAACAUGGCAUUAAGCACAUCUGACCAGUCUUCACCGGUAGAUAAUGAUGGCAAAAUACUAUCUAAGUUAACAUCAUCCAGGAAAUCUGUUCCUUGUCGUUCGAAUUGCGUCAGGUUCAUAAAAAGGAUAUCUCCUUGUUCAUUUAGAUUCCCAGAUCUUUGAUGUUUCUCCACAUGUUCUUCUUGCGCUUGCAUGAAGGCAGGAUCCAACGGCAGACUUGCUGUCCGAAUCACUUGUAAAAGCAUAUCUAGUGCUCUGCCGCAUAAUAAGACCCUUGCUUCUCGUUUCCUAAGAAUUUCAAUGCCCAAUUGAAUAUAUUCCAAAUCAUCUAAGUUGAUAUCUUUGUUCUUCCGACUCUCACAAAAGCUAAGAAUAAGAACGAUAGUGGCAUUGAAAACACUCCAAGAGAGUAAUAGAUCGCUGUAGCAUGUCCCAUUGAUAUUCUCCCUAUCUAGAACUAAUUUCUUUUGGAUUGAGAUAAUAGAUUUUGAGGCAUUUGAGCAUAUUACCAAGCUUGUAAUUCUAAAGUAAGACAAUUCAAACGAUCGUGGAUCAGGUAAAAAUGACUUGUAUAUGUAUAUCUGCACCAUGUAAAAGCCAAUUUUCAGAUAACUUCUUAGUUGAUAAACUUCCUCAUCACCAUUAGAACAACUUUCAAUACGUAGAUCAACAGGAAGCUCGUUAAGCCAUUUAUUCAAACUUGAAUUUAAAGCUGCUAUAUCUGAAAUAUUCAUAACAAUAUCAUCACCAUUCACGUUCUCCUUUAAGCGAUAAACCGAUCGCAAGAUCUGGCUUAACAAUUUGUAUAGUUGAACAAGUGAGACAAGAUACGAGACACUAAGUCUAUUCUUAGAGUGAAUAUCGCCGUACCUAUCAGCAGAAGGUAAAUCCAUGUCAAUGUCUCUUUCUGUGAGAACCUGCGUUUUUCCAAAUGCUGCCGCAUUAGUGACAUCGAUAAUGAAAAGACACCAUAUGGUUCUCCUACGAGCCUCUCGUUGUCGUUCAUUGUUGAUACCAUGAAAUGACUUGCGAUGUAAGCCAAUAUCCUGUGAGAGCAUCAUCGCAUUAGUAUGAGCGAUCCAACCUCCUUUUGGAUAGACACCAUUCUGCGAAUAAACCUGCAGCAGAAAAAAUGCUUGUAUAUCUUCAAGUGAUGCUAUUGACAUGGUCGGAUCAAUCAUUUUUGCUUUUGCAAUACCAUAAUAGCGGUACCCGGCAAGGAAGAGGAUGUUUUCCUUCCCGGGAAUAAGAACUCGCAGGUCAUCAGCUCGCAUAUGCUGACUACCCAGCGCACAAACCAUAAUUAAUACACUUCCAAAACCCCUUUCCAGCUUGCGUUUUGGAAUAUCAGCCAGAAACCUUUCGCGAUGUAAAAGCGGCAUUGAGACAUUGACUUUUGUGAAGUAGAGAUCAACCAAUUCGUACAUUAGCGACUCAUCUCCGAAAUCUUCAUGUAUAUAUUCUGGUUUUGUUAAAUGAGGGAGGAUCUCAUCACUCCAGUCGUCACGCCAGUAUAUCUUUCGCUUGCCUGAAAGUCGUAAGGGAUAGCAAAGCAUCUUAAAAAAUUCCCACUUGAUAGAAUAUCUUGCGGUGUCGUACCAUUAUAUAUAUUUAUACGCUCAAUAAGCCCUCUUGCGCUGGAUCUGCCAAAGUAUCUUCUCUGGUCAUCGUUUGAGACUCUAUCUUCAUUCGAUACAAAGAUGUAUCCUAAUCUGUCAGCUAUUUCUACGUCCUCAUAAUCUAUCGGGCUAAUCGGAUUGAUAUGAGCGCUCAUCGUACCCGUAGAGCUACUCGGCGGAGUGUACUUCCGCUUACGAUGUAUAAUGUUGUCUGAUGAAUUAUAAUCCGUUUUGAAAUCUGGAUAGACUUCACUCAAUAACCGUUCGUAUUCUUCCAACUUAGCUUCUAAGUGUUUGACAUAGCUGGACGCAACGUUCUGCUGAGCUGGAUUGACGUAUGUGCAACUCGCACUGGAGCUAAUAGAGCAGUUGCUGCAUUCCUCUGGGUGUGUCUGGGGACCAUCACAGCG